AUGCUUAAAGUCUCUAAUAAAUCUAGAAAGAAUGAGUAAUUGGAAACAAUCUAAGCCAUAGAGAAAUGCACAAAAAUAAUGAAAGAAGAUCGUCUAUAAUUAAGGUAAAUGGUCAAGGACGAAAACGUGAAAUUAAUUGAAUUAAUAGCCAAACAUAAGAAGAAGAAUGAUCUAAAUGAUUUAUAAUAAGAACUUAGAAAGUUUUUAAAAGAAAAAAAAACAUCUCCCGAUAAAGUUUAAGGAGCACCCGUUGUGUUGAGAAAAGUGAAAUCUAAGGAGAGAUGUGAAUGGAAUACUUCUAUGUGUUCAAAUCCUUCAAUAAGGUCACCAAGUAGAUCAAAUUUAGAUUUUAAAAAGAAGUCGAAAGAAGAAUCAAAUAAAAAAAUGGAAUCUUAGAAAAAAUUGGAGAAACCAGAAAAUUUAAAAAUAGAAUAAAAUGAAAAUGAUGAUUUAAAAAUAUUAGAUGAAAUUCAAGAAGUUAAACCAGAAUAAUAGGUUCUUAUAUUCAAUACAGCAAAUUCAGUAAUUGAUACUUUUCAUGAGGAUUUAACUCCAGUCAAAAUGGAAUUUUAAACUAUUGUUUCUUAGGCUCCCUUGAAUUAAAGUGAUUAACGAAGUGAAUGCAUUUUAUAAUACAAUGCUGCUGAAAUUUAACAUUAUAUGCAAUCAGAUAAGCAUUAUGUAUCAAAAGAAACUUAUAGUUUACCUUAAUUGGUUAGUUUGAAUUAUAAAUAAAUAGCAGGCCCUGAUUAUCAAUAUCUAUUCACAGAUUGGAAGACUCUUCUGAAGCCUGAACAACCAAGAUAUCAUUUGAACGAGUGUUGCUUAUUUGAUGAACCAUAACAUUUAGAAUAAUCAAAAUUAAUAAACUUGAAGACUGAUCAAUCUCAAAUAGUGAAGAGUUUAGAAAUACGUGGGGUGACAGCAGAGGAACUAUUUACGUAUUUGGUUCAUCAUCGAUUUACUAAAAGAUUGAAUUAGUAUUAAUUAAUAGAAAAUGCCAAACUUUCUAUUCCAAAUGCGUAAUUAGAUUUAGAGUCUUUGUUCAAGUUAUCAGAUCAUGAUGAGGAUGGAUGGAUUAGUUUGGAAGAGUUGGGUAAAACAUUGUAGGAUACUUGCAUUGAGAAAGAGUAACACAUAAAUCCGAUUAAAGGAUUGUAUAAUAGAUUAAAUGGGGUGGUGAAUAUGGAGAAUUUUAUGAAUGCAAUGAAUGAUCGAUUAUAGGGAGAAAUACUUUAUCAUGAAAUCGAUUUGUUUAGCAAGGGUUUCAUUACUUAUUGGGAGAUGUAUAAUCAUUACGAAGAAAUUGAAAAGUUACUAAAUAAAUGA